AUGUAUCAGGAGCUUGCCUGCAUUGGCAGGGAGAUGGAGCCCUUUGUUUUGGAGCCUGGAAAAUUCCUUCAGGCAAAACUGAUGGAGUCUGACAGAAAAAUUGAACUUCUGUUUAAGAAGAUUGACUUUCACCUUACUCUGGGAGAUUUCUCAACUGAGAUAACAGAUGUACUGAGGAAGUAUACUGUGAUACUGGAGGAAAUAGCCGCCUUCUUGUCAGCUGAUGUUUACAGGUUCAUGAAUGAUGAGGCCAUGGACUGUGUUGCUGAGUGUGCUCGUAACUUUCUUUCUGCACUAGCUGCCUUCACUGAAAAUCUGCUUCUGGAAUUAGACGAAAGCGUCACUGUUGAUGAUAUACAAGUAGCAAAAGACGUGAUUUCCAGGAAGGUGUUGGGAUCUCUUGUCUGUCUGUCUGUUGUUACCGCAUUUAUCUGGAUUACAGUUAGGAAUGGAAAAGUGCUCUACCUCCCAUAUUACCUUCCUUGCCCAGAAAUCUUAUCUGUGAAACUCCAAUAUACAGAAGAGAAGCUAAUCCAAAUUUUCCCCCAAUUAUUUUAUCAGCAGCCAAGAUUGCUGGCUCCAAAGCGUCGGGAUGUGCUGACAGUCACACCAUGGCUGGGCCCCAUCAUCUGGGAAGGAACUUUCAAUUCCGAGAUCCUAGACAGUGCCUACAGGCCACUGAAUCUCACCAUAGGGGUGGCAGCCUUUGCCAUUGGAAGAUACACAAGGUUUGUGGGCCGCUUCUUGGAGUCAGCAGAGAAACAUUUCAUGAAAGGCUAUCGGGUGAACUAUUAUAUCUUCACCGACAACCCUGAGACAAUUCCCGAUGUCCAGCUGCAACCUGGACAAAGAUUUGUCAUGGAGAAAUACCCCAGCUGGCAAGAGAUAUCCAUGCGCACGAUGGAGGCUAUAAACAAGCACAUAGCAGAGACGAGCCAUCAGGACGUGGACUACCUCUUCUGUCUGGCCAUUGACAUGGUCUUCUACAAUUCCUGGGGACCGGAGACCCUGGGUGAUACAGUAGCAGCCAUACACCCUGGCUAUUUCAAUGUCCCUCGAAGCCUUCCCUAUGAGAGGAGGAGCCCUUCAGCAGCCUACAUCCCUGAUGGAGAAGGGGACUUCUGCUACGGAGGAGCCGUGUUUGGUGGGCUGGUCAAGAAAGUCUAUGAGUUCACCAAGGCUUGUCACAUGACCAUCCUGACAGACAAAGCCAACAGGAUCAUGGCAGCCUGGCAGGAAGAAAGCCAUCUCAACAGGCACUUCCUCUCCUACAAACCCUCCAAGGUGCUUUCUCCAGAGUAUUUAUGGUAUGACAGGAAGCCAAAGCCCCCUGAAAUUCACCUCAUAUGUUUUUCCACAGUGGGUAAGAACUACAAAGAGGUACGAGAUUGA